AUAAGUACAUGGUCAAUGUCAAUCGGUUCAGCAGUAAGACUUUCUCUGUUGGAUUAAUUAAUGAUGUAAUAUUUCCGGUUUUAAUCAGAUGAGAACAUCCGUCUUAUCGGAUGAGAUUCAACAAUUAAAAUUAGAAGUGUGUUCCGAUGUGAAAAGAUUUCAGUCAAUAUGUUGUUAUAUAUUUUCAAAGUAGCGGUAUAUACACAUGUGAAAAAGAAAGAAGAACAAUUGGAAACUUAUCAAGAUUGAGAAGAGUUGGACUGUUUACAGAUUAUGACAAAGACAGUUUUCUUGAUACCUCAACGCUAUGUGUUGGGGCUCAUGGGAUUUUUUGCUAUAGUCAACGCCUAUACGAUGAGAGUGGCGUUGAAUAUAGCUAUAACGGAAAUGGUCUACCCUGUAAAUAAAACUGCCUAUCCAGAUCCAGAAGCAUGUAUAAUAAAGGAAGACAAUUCAAGUGACAGUUCGAAGCCUCUGCAUCCAGAAAACUUGUACGCAUGGGAUGGUGAGACUCAGGGUAUCAUUCUGAGUUCCUUCUACUGGGGAUAUUUGAUAACACAUUUGCCAGGUGGUAUUUUAGCAGAAAAAUUCGGUGGAAAGUACACCCUUGGGCUAGGAAUUUUGUCAACUGCAAUCUUCACGUUGCUAACACCGGCAGUCAUAUACCUCAGUGAUGGAAAGUGGCAAGUUUUAGUCGCUCUGAGAGUGAUUGAAGGUCUUGGAGAGGGCACUACAUAUCCAGCCAUCAACACUCUUCUAGCUCAAUGGGUUCCACUUCAUGAAAGAGCAAAAAUUGGAUCUUUGGUGUACGCAGGAGGUCAAAUUGGUACCGUACUAAGCAAUAUAGUGAGUGGGGCCCUAAUCCAAGCAACCAAUGACUGGUCAUCUGUUUUUUACUUAUUUGGGGGUAUUGGAGUAUUGUGGUUCCUUCUUUUUUGUUCAAUAUGUUACUCCUCACCUGAACAACAUCCUUUUAUAAGUGAUGAGGAGAAGAGUUACUUGAAGAAAGAGUUGGAUAACGUUUCCACAGAAAAACUGCCAAUACCUUGGCAGGCAAUCCUCACGUCUAUACCAUUAUGGGCUUUAGUAUGUGCCCAGAUCGGCCAUGAUUGGGGAUUUUAUACCAUGGUGACCGAUCUACCAACUUACCUCAAAGACGUGUUGAAAUUCAACAUUGGUCAGAACGGUAUUUGGUCUUCACUGCCAUACAUCAUGAUGUGGACUGUCUCCAUGCUGUCUGGAUAUCUUUGUGACUGGUUGGUCAGGAAAAACUACAUGACGGUUACCUUCUCCAGAAAAUUCUUCACAACAGUAGCUUCUGUUGGUCCUGCUGUUUUCUUGGUCGUAGCUUCCUAUUCAGGUUGUGACAGGAUUCUUUCAGUGGCGAUGUUCACCAUAGGCAUGGGCUUUAUGGGUACUUUCUACUGUGGGAUGAAAGUAAAUGCGUUGGACCUCUCUCCAAACUUUGCUGGUACGCUCAUGGCCAUUGUAAAUGGAGUUGGGGCAAUAACAGGAAUUUUAUCGCCUUAUAUAGCUGGUGCCUUAACCAAACAUCAUACCUUAGCUGAGUGGAGAACAGUUUUUUGGAUAAGUUUUGUGAUUUUCAAUGUGACCAACUUGAUCUAUCUAUUUUUCGCGAGUGGUGAAGAACAGUGGUGGAACAACCCAAAGAAGAAUGUUGAAGAUAGGGCGGAGAAAGGACAAAAUGAUAUUCCCAUGAAAUCUAGAAAUGACCAGUUAUGAAUAUCGGUCUUAUAAGUUCAUUAUUAUUCAUUUAUACCUCACAUCUCAUCCUCAUCGUAAUCAUUCGAACAUUUGUGAUAUGUUUUUUUCUAUUUUGUGAAGAAUUCGGAUUGUUCCUUUUGACUCAGUUAUGAAUGCAUACGCAUUUUUUGUUUUUUUUUUAGUAAAUUAUUUUGUAUUAGUAAAAUCUCAUGAUUGAGAUCGAGAAUCUAAAUCUAUUAUCUGUAUUUUUACAGUAUUGUUCUGCAAUGUGAUCUUUUUAAUCGAAAUAUAUAUGUAUUGUAUUGAAUAUUGUAGCCAUACGCUAAAUAAAUAAAUAUAUUGAAUAAAAAUGAGUUCAUUUUAA